AUGUCGGAAGUGUCGAGCGAAGCAGCGCCACUGAAAUUAAUGGAUAGAGACAGCUACUAUCGAACUCGUGCUGUAAACCCAUGGCCGACACCUGUGAAUGAGAACGCUGGAGGCGGGUUCCGGAAGAUCGGAGGCUUGUCUGGUCAGCCGAAAAAGUUCGGUGGAGGAUUCGGCGCUACGGCUUCGGAUAGUUUGAGCUCUACACCACGUGGAGGAGCAGAGAAAACCUCAAGUUUCGAUAACUUUUCGGGAUUCGUUCGCACUCAAUCAAGCGCUUUUGGGUCGAGAAUCAAGCCUUCAGCCACUGAAGAAUCGUUGAUGUCGAAUAAAGAACGAAUUGCGACGCCAACGCCUACUGUCAAUGUUCUGGGUGUUCCACGUACGUUCGGAGGACCCUCUCCAGGGAUUUCACCGACGAAAAGAACACGAUCGGGACGUCGAUCGGGUGGUCGUAGAGGACGCGGCGGUCCAGGACACUGCUUCCAUUGUCAGGAACAUGGGCAUAUUUCGAGAUUGUGUCCGAAGAAGACUGUCGAUACGGAUGAUUUUGAUGAAGUUGAAGCGAGUCGGUUUCUGGACGAUGAGGUGCUCGCAGAGGCGCCGAAAAAAGGCAAUGGAUCGUUGAUUAGUGGAAAAGACGUAUCGCUGCAAAACGCGAAAUUGGGGAGUCAAAUAUCUCGCAGUUCAUAUUACCGAGGGUUCGGCUACGGCAAUACCACUCCCAUCAACACCACCUCAGUCAACAACAACACUUUGAAAUCUGUCUCAACAAACGCACGAGCGACUCCGGAUAUCGAUAAAUUCUCGGAGCAAUUGGACAACGCAUUGAAGCUCCCUGUGAAGCCAGCGCCAGCUGAAUUGAGCUCCACGCUCGCGAAAGGAAGAACGAAUACGAAGAUCGAAGCAGCGGCACCAAUCAAGGCGGCUAGUCCAGCAGUCAGAGAUAAAAUCAAAGAGCCCUCCUCGACGGAGACAAUGUCAAUCGAGACGCGUCGAACUGUGACCAUCGAAGGAGACACUCAAUUCGAGGAGACCACAGUCAUCAGCUUCCCAUGUGUUCUUCCACCGAACGUCCGUGUCAUCACCGCUCAGUUCGUUCCAGUCUCAUCGGCCCAAGUGUCGUCAGCGAAUGAAAUUCAAGGAAAUCAUAUCAAGGAGAAAUUCUGA